AUGGGUGCCGCUGCAGAUCCGACGUACCCACUCUAUCCCGUUGCCAGUGCUCUAGCUUCUGUGAUGUUGCUAUUGGUGCUUACGACCAGCUUCGUUCGCCAAAACUGGAACCUGGGUGUCGCUUUUCUCUGCUUUUGGUUGUUUCUCGAAACCCUGACCGGUACUAUAAACCACGUCAUAUGGUCCGAUAACGCCGAUGUGAAGCUGUACGUCUACUGUGAUAUUGUCACGCAUAUACAAAUCAUCGCAUACAUCGUCAAACCAAUGGCGACACUGAUCAUUACACGCCGACUAUACCUGAUCUCCAGUUUCCAGUCAGUAGAGCUUCCGAACAAAUCGAAGAGACGCUGGGAUCUCGCCAUAGAGUGGACUCUUGGGCUAGGCAUCCCGUUGCUGGCGGCCGGUCCUAUCUAUUACGCAAACCAAGGAGCUCGGUUCGAAGUCUAUGAGGGUUUUGGAUGUUCAACGGGCGAUGAGCUGUCCAUACUAGAGAUUUUGACUUUCGAGUCCUGGAUCAUUGCCCCUCCCUUGGUCUCCAUCACAUGCUACUUCCCGAAGGUGGCGAAGAUGUACUACCACCAGAGAAAAGACAUCAACAGCUUCUUGCGCAGUAACCCGUCGGUCUCGUGCACGUACUACAUCCGGGUACUGAUCAUGGCCAGCAUUGACAUCUUGCUCACAUUGCCCUUUACGAUCGUGAAUAUCACCCUGGCUAUAACGCAGACGCUGGACAAUCUCGCAUCCUUCCCGGUAUACCCCGGCUGGACCGUCCUGCACACCGACUGGGAACCGUCCUCUGUAUCCUAUACCGAGCAGCAAUCAUAUGGCACGGCAUAUCUGGCAUCGACGUACUUCUCUCAAUGGUCAUCCCUCAUCCUGGCAUUCGUUAUCUUCGGUCUCUUCGGCCUGACGUCUGAGGCGCGCGCAUCGUACUGGCGCAUCAUCUGCACCAUUGGCGGUUGGUUCGGAUGGAAGUCUAUCCCUCGGGCGCGGAACGGGCGACUCGGAGCAUCGCUCGGAGAGAUCGAGUUCGGCGCUCGACCGCGGAGCACCAGCGCGUCAGGAUCUGAUCUUGGAAUGGGAUCGCGACCUCCUAGCUUGGUUGCCGAUGGUGGUGACGGUAAAUCGGCAUACAUGUCGGCCACGGAUCUGAAGUCGCUGGAGGAGGCUCGCCAUGAGGAGACAUCGGGUGACACGAACUCACGAAACAUCAAUGGCCCGGGACAGAAUAUGGCUACCGCCACGUCGUCUGUGAACUCCCAAGGCAAUGUUGUCGGAGGCGCGCCUCCGUUCGAGCUGCAUCAGAGUCUACACACCACUCAAGACGUCGGCAGAGGCCCGACAGACGGGUUCAUGUCCGGGAGGGGUGAGGUGGAGAUGUUGACCGCACUCCGAACAGCCGAUGGUUCGAAGAUUCGCAACGAAAGUGAGCUCGACGUCGGCUUAGAGGGCAUGUAA